GUUAAUGGUUGUUAUUGAGUCAAGUUCGGAGUUACGUUGUGAAAUUGAAACGCCAUUGGAUUAAAAUUGACAAGGACUUCCCAGAAGUUGUAAAUCAUAAAACAAUAUUGUUUAGUGCAGUGAAAUGAAGCUGAAUCUGCGAUCCACGACGACGGUGUGUUUGUUGAUCCUGCUGGUUCUAGUGGGAGAUUCGAUGGCCCGACGUGGCCGUGCUCGAGGACGCACCAAGUCAAGGAUGCAAAUCGGGCUCCCCAUCACGGGAAAGUACCGAGAUCCGGAGUCGGACCAGUAUUACAACAACAAUAACGGAGCAAAAAUUACGCUGGCCUCACAUUUCGACUAUGAAUACGUUCUGGGCCACAAGAUUGCAUUUCUUUGCGUGGCACGUGGAACGCCACGGCCAACGAUAACGUGGUUCAAGGACGGGGUGGAAAUCUUCAGCCACCUAUAUCUACAUGUGCACGAGUGGUAUAUCGGAAAGGAUAAGGUCAAGUCCAAAAUUGAGAUCGAUCCCGCGACGCAGAUGGACGCGGGCGUUUACGAGUGUACCGCCGACAACAUGUACUCGAUCGAUCGGAGGAGUUUCAAAACUGAUUUCUCGAUUGCGUUCGACUAGAGGUGGAAUGAAGGUGGAUUACGGGCUAAUAUAAGGAGAGAAUCGACGGUUUGUUUUGGAUGAAAAUGCUAUUAAAUUGAAUAAAUUUGGAAUCAUUGACUGCUCAUAUUACAGAUGAUAAUAUACAU